AUGUUGUCUGUUGCCAGUGUCGUUGGAAAAUUUAAUCCGCCAACCGUUGCAUCGCAAUGGAAAAUUUUAUCGACAAUAUCUAAGAAGUUCAGCUCGAGCUCUGGCUUUUCCACUGAAGAAAUUGAGAAAUUCAGGAAAGUGUUCCGCACCAUGCCGACCUACAACGAAUCGAUUUCUUCCAAGGAUCUCGUCCAUUAUUUCCAAUCCACUAAUUUCAUCAAACCCAUGGAAACUUAUCAAAAGUACAUUGAAUUUUCAGACAAGGUAUUAGGCGGACGCAUACCGCUGGAUCAAAUUGUGAAAUAUCUUCAAACGGAACAUGAUCCGAGUCUACUACUGAAGGAAUAUUUAAUCAGUAUGGAUAGUGACAAUGAUGGGUACGUUUCGAAAGAGGAAUUCGAGUUUGGAAUGGAAACAGUUAAAAUGCAUGAUCCGACAGUAAGGAAUAUUUCUUACGAAAAGUUCGUUAAAGAGGCGGAUGCCAACAAGGAUGGAAAAAUUAGUGUUUCCGAGUGUGAAGAUUGGUUGAAAAAGAAUAUUGUGUCAGUGAGAUGUUGA